AGAAUUCCAUCAUUUCAAUCGUGUUUGACUGAAUAGAAUUUUAUUUGCAUGCGUCCUAACUUAGAAGGGGAUUUUUGAAUAUUAAUUUAAUUUAUGGAACUGCAUACAACGUAUAUUCAUAAAAUUGACCACUUUUAAAAUCACACUGACCAAGAAAAAUAUUCUACAAACCACACGGAAAACUAAAUUAAUGAAUCAAGAAAAUCAAGUUUAUUUUUCUGAAAAUGCCCAGGCUUCUGUUCCACAGCAAUCAGGAUCUGGAAAUUCCGAUGAUAAUCAACUGGCAUCUACAACACAGGAAACAAAUCCCCUUUCUCAAGAGUCAGACAAUUCAACGACCGUUGCAUCUCACUUACAUACUGAGUUACAACCUCAUCUACAAAUUAUAUCUUCUGGAAAUGAGGGAACCCCUGUUGCAGAAUCACCAGCAACUACAGAAAGCGCCAGUGAAAAUCGUUUGGCAUCUACAACACUAGCAUUAAGUUCCCUUUCUCAAGAGGGAGACAAUCCAACAAUUUUUUCAUCUCAUUUACAUACUGAAUUUCAACCUCAUCUACAGAUUACCUCUGCUGUAGAAUCUCCAGCAACUACCGGAAAUUUUAAUGAAAAACAAUUGGCAUCGGCGAGACUGGAAUUAAGUCCUCUUUCUCUAGAGGCAGACAAUCCAACGAUCGUUGCAUCUCAUUUACAUACUGAGUUUCGACCUGAUCUACAAAUUAAAUCUGAGAGAAUUAUUGCAACCCUUGUUGAAAAAUUGUUAGCAACUACAGGAAGCUCCAGUGAAAAUCAAUUGGCAUCAACAACACAGGAAUCAAGUCCCCUUACACAAGAGGCAGACAAUCCACAGACAGUUGAAUCUCACUUACAUACUGAGUUACAACCACAUCUACAAAUUAUAUCUUCUGGAAAUGAGGCAACCCCUAUUGCAGAAUCACCAGCAACUACAGGAAGCUCCAGUGGAAAUCAAUUGGCGUCAUCAACACGAGUAUUAAGUCCCCCUUCUCAAGAGGCAGACACCCCAACGAUCAUUGAAUCUCACUUACAUACUCAGUUUCAACCUCAUCUACAAAUUACAUCUCCUGGAAAUGCUGGAGCCUUUGUUGCAGAAUCUUCACCAAAUACUGAGAGCUUCAGUGAGAAUCAACUGGCAUCAACAACACGGGCAUUAAAUACCCUUUCUCAAGAGGCAGGAAAUCCAACAACCGUUGCAUCUCACUUGCAUACUGAUAUUCAACCUCAUAUGCAAAUUGUGUCUUCUAGAAAUGCUGCAACCUCUGUUGCAGAAUAUCCACCGAAUAUUGGAAGCUCCAGUGAGAAUCAACGGGCAUCAAAAACAAGGGAAUCAAGUCCCCUUUCUCGAGAGUCAGACAACCCAACGACCUUUGCAUCUCACUUACCUACUGAGUUACAACCUUAUCUACAAAUUAUAUCCCCUGUAAAUGCUGAAACCUCUGAAUCACCAGAAACUAUUGGAAUAUCCAUUGAGAAUCAAUCUACAUUUCAGGCAUCAACCUCGGUUUCAAAAUUAGAAGGCAAGUUUCCGAACAUCAUAUCUCUUUUAAAGUCACCUCCAAAGAAUCAAGAUACUGCUGUACGAGCUGGACAGAAGUCAAAAUGUUUUUCUACCUCAAGACAGCAAGCAACUUUGGUACGCUCGAAAUCAGUAAAAGAGAUACUAUCUGCCGCUAAAACAGCGUCUGCAGGAAAGCAAUUAGUUUCUGCCCACCUUAAACAGAAAUCACUUUCUUCACCCGUCGAAAUAACACCUUCUUUAAGAAAGCAAGUACUUGUUGAACGUUUAAGAAAAGAAACAAAGAAACUUUCUAGAGAAUCAAAAAGACAACUUGAUCCAACUGGAAUUCGGUCACCAGAAAUUGUAGAUUUGGUUUCUCCUGACAAAUUGACAACUGAUCCUGACCAAUCCUCAGAAAUAUCAGGGGAGUCAUCCUCAUCCUCCCAGCAACAGCCUCAUACUUCGUCUCAUGAAUCUCCUUUGAAGAACCUUCGAAGUCAACAUUCUCUUACAGAUAAAAAAGAUGUUAAUCGGAUAGAGAGAAGACUCGUAUUAUUCGAUAAAUUUAUCUGUGUGAAGUGCUUGGUUGAGUUCACUUCUCAGGAGGAAUUGUUGAGGCAUGAGCCGAUACAUUUCAACGAAUGAAACUGAUUCCUAGUUGUGGAUGAGUCUGUGAUAAUCAGGAAAUCAUAACAAGAAAUCAGGAAAUGAUCACUUCAUCACUUCAUGAUCUUGUCGAACUAAUUACCGUACUUAUUAUGUAGACCAACUUC